CUCACUGAACGAAAGCCCACACAAGUUACAACCAAUACCCGGAAGGCUCACAUUUGCAUCGCAAGAAGAUGGCACAAUCGACGGCGCACCGGCGCCUGCUCCAAGAAUACCGCGCGCUGACCAACAACCCGCCCGAGGGCAUUACGGCCGGCCCUGUAUCCGAAGACGACCUCUUGCACUGGGAAGCGCUGAUUCAAGGGCCCGAGGGCACACCCUUUGAGGGCGGCGUCUUUCCCGCCGAACUGCGCUUUCCAAAGGAUUAUCCCCUCGCCCCGCCAACCAUGAAAUUCCUCGGCGAGGUGUUUCAUCCGAAUGUCUACCCCAGCGGCCUGGUGUGCAUCUCGAUCCUGCACCCUCCCGGUGACGACCCGAACCACUACGAGCAUGCGUCGGAGCGCUGGUCGCCCAUACAGUCGGUCGAAAAGAUACUCAUCUCGGUCAUGAGCAUGCUGGCUGAGCCCAACGACGAGAGCCCUGCCAACGUGGAGGCUGCCAAGAUGUGGCGGGAGCGGCGGAGUGAGUAUGAGAAGAAGGUGAGGGAAGGGGUCAGGAGGAUGCUAGGGCUAUGAUCGAAUUAAAGUUACCUCAUGGCGCAUUGGGACUUCGGUUUGGUUUUUUUGCAUAGCGCACUAUGAUGGCUCAGUGUUUUCAAGAAGUUCAAGCAAAGUCUACGGAGGGCAUGGCGUCUGUUUGAAUCUAGAGCGUGGCUUAUCGCGCCUAUUUCCCGUACCUUCCCCCUCAACACCGCAAUGCGUGUGAUACCACCAUUUCUAGCCUUUUAUGAUGCCGCUUGCUUGAUAUGUCAUGCUUCAAACCAUCCUUAUCCCUUUCAAAGGUUGUUCUCCGCCUUGAACUUAUCCCACGCCUCGUUGAGCGUGCUGAACACCGUCCCAGCAAUCAUGCGCACUUCCGUG